AUGGUUUCUCUUGCAACAAGUUUGCUGAGCUUGCUGGGUUUAGCAAGCACAGCAUUGUGCAGUGUUCUCGCCCGGGAUGUGACAACAACAACCGUCAUUGUACCUUCGACCUCUAGCUCGUCACCGUACACCGCUGCCACUCCCGGAACUCCUGUGUCACCAAAAAUCCUAUUCAUUGCAAAUACUUUCGAAUUUGGAUAUCUCGACGCCUACAACUUUACUACACAAUACACGGGUAAUUUAUUCGAUAAGGUUUUUGCUUGCACUGAGGAUGGUGUUAUCUGCAAACUUGAGUGCGGCGAAGAGCUAGUAUCUGCGUCCCAGAUCACAGCACUCAUGCUCAUCCCAGGAGUCGACCUCAGAAAAAGCUACGUUAUUAUCACCGGUACUGGCGGCGUCAAUCCAAAAUACGGAACAGCUGGUGGUGUCGCAAUAAGUACGUUCGGAGUUCAAUGGGAGUGGGGAAGCAUGUUCCUGGGAGACGAUCUACCUGCCAACUUUUCAGGACAAUACUUUUCUGCUUACGCUCAGCUAUCCCCCGACAAAUACCCUGUCACGGUGGGGUCUGAGGUGUACAAAUUGAACGAGGCACUUGUAGACCGUUUCUAUGCUGUGGGUAGCAAUGUCACGUAUGAAGAGGUCUCAGAAACUGUGCAAAAUCUGAGAGCGACCUACGAAUUUGAAGCAGCAAGGCGAGAGCCUUUCCUAGCGCGGUGCGAUACCGUUUCGUCCCAGGUAUACUGGUCAGGCAAUGUUGCAGGAGAGAAUGUUGAGUACUACACUGACUUGAUCACCAAUGGUCAGGCACGUUACUGCAACACUAAUGAAGAUGAUCAGGGGAGAUUGCUCGCUCUGUUCUUGGGAGCAGUUCAUCAUUUGAUUGACUUUGGACGGGUUUCGGUAAUCAAAGCAUUCAGUGACUAUGAUCGUCCACCUCCACAGCUGACAGCUUAUCAAUCGCGUUUUUUUGUGGGAGAAGCUGCCACUGAGCCUGGCCUAAGAAAUGCGUGGAAGACGAUUGAAGCAGUUGUGGAUGAUGUUCUUGGAAACUGGGACACCAUCUAUGAAGCUGGUAUCAAGCCAAACACAUAUAUGGGUGACAUUAAGGGCACUUUGGGAGGCGUAUGUGACUUCAACUCGACUGCAAGUGCCGCCAAGGGGUCUGUACAGGGAAGUUGA